CACAGAUGUGUAAAUUAAGAAGAAAAAGUUUAUUAUGCUUCUUUAUUAUAAACCUAAACCUCAAAAUCUGACUGUGAGACGACUGUGAUUGUGUCUGGAACAUUAAACAUUAUAAAGUUGUGCGUCCUUGUUCGUGAGAAAAGGUCAAGAUCCAACUUUUACCAGUGUUAAACUGGAGAGCUCCCAACCUCCACCUUUAUCUGCAGGCGAACACAAAAGACACCUGCGAUUGGUUAACUUAUCAAAGCACAGCAGGGCAAAGUAUAUGAGGUGUAUAAAUAUAAAAGUUGCACAAUAAAUCAGUGUAUUUCAGUAUUAUUGAAUCAAUGAAUGGCGACAUGAAAGGAACAUGUUCUAUUAACUGUUCUUUUUGGAAAAACAGUCAAAGUGCAUUUGGACACAAUCUGUCAGGAUCUCUGGCCCCUUCAUGUAAAGCUCCCCGGCUGUUUUAAUAUUGGACAUUUUGUUAAAUUAAUACGUUUUCAAAGUGAGCUUUGUGCCAUAAAAGUGCCAUUAGUGGAUUCUCAUUUGGCUCUCGGUAUCACAGCCCGUGAAUCACUCACGCUGCUCUCAUUAAGAUCUGAAGCAGCGUUCAGAGGAGACACGAAGCGCUGCGCUGCACCGGACUCCAUGAAGUGGAGGCAUUUUCUCUCUCCUCCACUUUCCUCCCCACCUUCUGCUUUUAGGGAAGUCGGUCAGCUGACUGUCUGUGGCUGUCAGGACUGUAUUGUGCGCGCUCGCUCUCCUCCUCCUUCUCUUCCUCUAUUUCAGUGCGGAGUCUCGCUCCCAUUGGAGCGCUGAGCGCUCCGGAUCCAUCCCUUUCGGCUCGACGUCACGGUGCUAUAAGGAUAAAGCGCUGGCUGGCUCCAAGCGCAGUCUGCUGGAUACCACAGAGUGGGAGAGAGUGAGAGAGGCGAGCCUUUAAAAUCUCUGCGGUGCAGAGCUGGAAAAGCGGCUUCUCAGCGAAAAACCAGACGCCCUAUUUACUCUUCGCUUUAUUCGCUCCUGUUAUUUUCCUGGAGAAAAAAAAGGGACUUACAACCAAGAAGUCGCUACGAGGACUGGUGCCCGUCUCAGCGAACAGUCGUGGUAUUUCCUUUAUUAUUGUUAUUUAUGCUGAUUUUUUUAAAAAGAUUUUUGUUUAAUUUUUUUAUUUUGUUGUGAACACUUCUACUGAAGGGACUGAGGUUUUUGUUUUUUUCUCUCAACUUUUUGCACUGAGACGCAUUGCUUUCUCUACCUCCUGUCUGGUCUCUCUGCCAGAUUAUCCCAGCAGAAGUAGGCUAUGACGCAAACCGUGUGCAGAGCAUUAGUCUGAAAGUUUUCCUCCGCUACUUUUUUUUUCCUUUUCCUUUUUUUUUCUUUCUUUUUUUCACCUCUCACCAAUCACACGGUGUUUCAUGCUACAGCAAGUCAGCGCACAGCGGUGGAGGAGCCAAAAGAACUAUUGCAUGAAACAAGAACGGAGAGAAGAGACGCUGAUUAAUAAGUCAGUUUUCGCGACGCUCGCAUAUCUGCAAAAGAGUCGCGACAGCAACAUGAGCACAGAGCUGAGCAUGGGCCCGGAGCUGCCCAGCAGCCCUCUGGCUCUGGAAUAUGUCAAUGAUUUUGACCUGAUGAAGUUUGACGUGAAGAAGGAAGGCCUGGCCGGGCUGGAGCGCAACGGGGUGCGCCAGUGUAACCGUCUCCAACCCCAGGGCUCCGUGUCCUCCACCCCCAUCAGCACACCCUGCAGCUCGGUGCCCUCAUCGCCCAGCUUCAGCCCCACAGAGCAGAAAAACCACCUAGAGGAGCUGUACUGGAUGCCGAACAGCGGGUACCACCAGCAGCUAGACCCGCAGACGCUAAGCCUGACCCCAGAGGACGCGGUGGAGGCCCUGAUCGGCGCCACAGCUCACGGCCACCCUCCGCCUCCGCACGUCCAGCAGCAGCUGCAGCAGCAGGGCGCUUUCGAGGGCUACAGGGGCCCGCACCACCACCACAGCCACCACGGCCACGGCCAGCAGCACCAUCACCCAUAUGCGGGGGGCAUCCCGCACCACGCCGAGGAGCUGUCCGGGCACCCGGGCGGCCACAGCCACCCACACAGCCAGCACCACCACCACCACAGCCAGGACCCCGACAGCCCGUCCCCGGUCUCCCCGGAGUCCCACCAGCCGCUCCAUCACCACCGCCACCAUCACCACCAUCAUCCGCACGGCCACCUGAGCCAGUCCCACGGCUCCGGGGGCGGACUGAACGUGGAGGACCGCUUCUCCGACGACCAGCUGGUGUCCAUGUCGGUGCGGGAGCUCAACAGACACCUACGGGGCUUCACCAAGGACGAGGUCAUCCGCCUGAAGCAGAAGAGGCGGACCCUCAAGAACCGGGGCUACGCGCAGUCCUGCCGGUUCAAGCGGGUGCAGCAGAAGCACGUGCUGGAGAACGAGAAGACGCAGCUGAUCAACCAGGUGGAGCAGCUGAAGGCGGAGAUCAGCCGGCUGGCGCGGGAGCGGGACGCCUACAAACUCAAGUGCGAGAAACUGACGGGGUCGGGGGCCAGUAACGGGUUCCGCGAGGCUGGCUCGACCAGCGACAACCCCUCAUCACCAGAGUUUUUCAUGUGAGUUGUCAAGAGCCUUUUUCACAACAAAACUUUUACCCCCCACCCAACACAAACACACAGACACACACACCACAACACACACACAAAACACACACACACAACUUUGCCUUUUUCUCCACACAAAAACGACAGACUGGCUGACAACAACCCCACACCUCCUCAUACUGUUUAUGAUUAUACUAAUAACGGCAACAACUAUAUUCAUAUUAGAAGAAUAAUCCAUCGAAUAGUAUCCUCAUAUAUAACCAUCUCUCCAUCCACGUGUCAACUUGAGAUACAAAGAGCAACAGUAGAGUGUCUGAUCAGUCGCAGCGUCUUUGUAGACUAGUUGCUUGUAGUGAAGAGACUGUUUUUCUUUUUUUUUCUUCUUCUUCUCCAAAGAAGGGGAUCGGCUGAUGAACUUUUUCUUUACUGUUUUUGUUUGUUUGGUUGUUGUUUGUUUAUUUCCUCUCUCUCUCUCUCUCUCUCUCUCUCUCUCUCUCUCUCAUUUGAGGCUACAGCUUUUAUUUUGAAAUAAUCUGUAAAGUAGGUGUUGGGGGGGUCGAUUGGCGUCGAGGCGUGUUGUCUUUGUAAUUCUGUUAUGAGAGCAACGAGCGGGCCUGGCCUCCUAAAAACAAAAUAAUCUGAGAAGAAAUGUCCCCCCCACCACCACCACCACCACAAAAACAGCAGAAAGACUCCAACUUUUAUGCAAAAUUUAAAAACUUCUGUCUACUUGUAAACCCCCCCACACACACACACUCCGUCAGGCUGGGAGGGGGGAGGGAGGCACGGGAGGGGAGGGGAAAGUGUGUGGGGGGGGAACUUGGGGGGGCAUUUUUAUGCAACAUCUCAUUGAUUUAUUGCCUGCUUGGUUAUAUUCGAAUAUAUAUUGAAACAAACUUAAAAAAAGGAGAAAAAAAUAAGAAAAAAUCUGCAUUAAAUAUUAAUCCUGCAUGCUGGACAUGUACGGUAAUAAUUUCUAUUUUGUACUUUCAUCUUCUCGUGUAUAUUAAGAGCAUGUUGUUGAUCUGCGCUUCUCCAUGGUUUCCUUUUUUUAAAAUUUUUUGUUGGAGGGUG